ACGUUCUGUGGGAUAUGAGAGCUCUAGACGCAUGACUGCUCCUUCUAGCAAGUAGAAAAGAUUUUUCAAAGCGGUGGACAGGUAUGGUGCGGGUCUGCCAGUUUCACAUUUCCUUAUUCGCGCUUGGAGCAGGACCCAGUGGUCUUGUAGUACAAUACUCCUGUUACGAUGGUUUCUACCACUUCAAAUUCCUCCACCGGCAUCGUUGAAGCCGUGUCAGUGGAUACCGUCUUGCUAUCGGGCAGCUUCAACUCGAAUGAUUCGCCAACUCACGCAGGGUCAGACUCCAGCGUUACCAAGCCUAGCGAAUCCACUGUUGCGAGCACACCGCUGCUGGUUGGUAUCAUCGCUGCUUCGGUGAUCGUCGUCGUGGUUGUUCUCCUCGUUAUCCGUUCCCGACGUUGUCGAUACGAAGCAAAGUUAUUCUCACCCAGCAGUUCGACGUUCCAGGGGGUGACUUCGACGACGACAUCAGAACAAACGUCGAAUACCCUCGGAGCAAGCUCAGCGUCGACGGUCGUAUCAUCUCCGCGACCGCCUCUCAUGGAGACGUUUAAGUUGUCGAGAAUGUCAGCAAAAGAUCAGUCUGGUGACCAAGUUUCCAUUGAUAUUCAGGACGCGUCGAUGAAUGGACUACCAUCCACUAGGGGUACACAAGCCUCUCGAACGACGAGCUUGAUCAGUGUUCGGUCGGUAUUUUCAGCGUCUUUCCUGAUGCGUGGCGGAUUAGGUUCGUCAUUACCGAGUCUCUCGGUCUUCAGAGCUUCACGUGCAAGUCGAUCCAGUGAAACAAACAGGAGUACAAUGGACACCCGUGCAUCGACGACCUCCUACGCACAAACGGCAGCAACAGCUUCCGAUUUGAGUACUACAAUUCCUAUUGAUCAAAGACAAGGUGACGCUUGGAGAGAUCUAUCGGACACGUGCUGGUCCAUUGGUCCAGGAAGCGACAGUGAGACGGAGAGUGAGCGAUUCAUGCUGCCUAUAGCAACACGUUCCAAAGCGUAUAGUGGGGCUAUGAUACUCAAUCGAGGUCGGUUGUCAACGCUUUCCGACAGAACUGCUGAGUUCGAGGAGGAAACUGCUGAAAAGGACCAGAACGUCAACUCCCUGGACGAUUCCUCUCGUCGACGAGAUCUCGCUAUGAGUGCUCUGGACGACUUGUCUCCUCGAAGAGAACGGGGUAUCAGUCAAUUCGAUGACUCCUCCAUUUGUCGGGUACGUGGACUCAGCACUCUUGAUAGUCGAAAGAAGGCCAACUCAGUCGCUGAGACCGACACAAACCAGUCAUGUAGCUCGUAUUUCUCGGUUGACUCCGACUACAUGUAUUAUGGUGAAACCAUUAAGGACUGUAACUCCAUCUUCUUUUACGACAGUGACAGUGACUGCAGUAGUAACAGUAGCAGUGACAGUGAUGAUAGCUUGCGAGAGGAAGAACUCUAGCAAGCUAGAUGUAGCAACCAUUUAAUGUAAGUACGUGAAUACUUGG